AGUCCAGCGGCGGCGCAGACCCGCUGGGGAGCGAAGUGGACGCGGCAGGAGGCGAGAGGCUGUGGGGAACCUGGGAGUGGCUGGGCGACUCUUCAGCACCGAGCUCCGUCCGGUGCUCGUCAGGGCCCAGGGCCGUCUAGGCCGGACAGCCACGGCGAGGCGCGGCUCCUGAUGUCCACCGCCUGUCCUUCCUCACCUGGGCCGGGGUACUUGGCCGAAGAAACGACUCUGAGUGUUCCAUGAUUCCAGAAAUGAAGCAUCCACUGGAAUAAAAAUCACAGUCUUCUGUAACUCUUAGAUGAACAGCUCAUGCCACAGAUUAUACUUCUCAAGAAAAACAAAGGCACUCCACAUAUGUGGUACUUUGUGAGGUGGGGAAUUCUGAGUCAGGACUCUACAUUGUUCUAGCUGGUCUAGAACUCACUGUGUAGUACAAGCUAGCCUCAGACCUUCAAUUCCCCUGACUCAGCCUCCUAGGACACAACACUAAGCAAGACCCAAAAGUGGUGUGUUGGAGAUCCUGAGCAUUCAAAAUGCAACCAGACAUGUCCUUGGACAAUAUUAAGAUGGCAUCCAGUGACCUGCUGGAGAGGAAAGACCUAGACAGCGGAGGCUUCGGGAAGGUGUCCUUGUGUUACCACAGAAGCCAUGGAUUUGUCAUUCUGAAAAAAGUAUACACAGGGCCCAACCGUGCUGAGUACAAUGAGGCUCUCUUGGAAGAAGGGAAGAUGAUGCACAGACUGAGACACAUUCGAGUUGUGAAGCUACUGGGCAUCAUCAUAGAAGAAGGGAAUUACUCCCUGGUGAUGGAGUACAUGGAACAGGGCAACCUGAUGCACGUGCUAAAGACCGAGAUAGGUGUCCCACUUUCUGUGAAAGGAAGGAUAAUCGUGGAGACCAUAGAAGGCAUGUGCUACUUACAUGACAAAGGCGUGAUACACAAGGACCUGAAACCUGAAAAUAUCCUUGUUGACCGUGACUUUCACAUUAAGAUAGCUGAUCUUGGUGUGGCUUCCUUUAAGACAUGGAGCAAACUGACUAAGGAGGAAUUUAACAAGCAGAGGGAAGCGAGCACCACCACUAAGAAGAACAACGGAGGCACCCUCUACUACAUGGCACCCGAACACCUGAAUGACAUCAAUGCAAAGCCCACGGAGAAGUCGGACGUGUACAGCUUUGGCAUCGUACUUUGGGCAAUAUUUGCAAAUAAGGAGCCCUAUGAGAAUGUCCUCUGUACUGAGCAGUUCCUGAUCUGCAUAAACAAUGGGAACAGGCCCAAUGUGGAGGACAUCAUUGAGUACUGUCCAAAGGAGAUCAUCAGCCUCAUGGAGCGGUGCUGGCAGGCGAUCCCAGAAGACAGGCCAACGUUCCUUGGCAUUGAAGAAGAAUUUAGGCCUUUUUACUUAAGUCAGUUUGAAGAAUAUGUAGAAGAAGAUGUGGAAAGUUUAAAGAAAGAGUAUCAAAGUCAAAGCCCAGCUUUGGAGAGAACGUUUUCUCUGCAGAAUGACUGUGUGCCCUUACCUCCAAGCAGGUCAAAUUCAGAACAACCCGGUUCGCUGCACAGUUCCCAGGGACUCCAGAUGGGGCCUGUGGAGGAGUCUUGGUUUUCUUCCUCCCCAGAGUUCCCACAGGAAGAGAAUGAGCGCAGUGUGCAGGCUAAGCUUCAAGAGGAAGCCAGCUACCAUGCUUUUGGAGAAUUCGUGGAUAAACAGACAAAACCACAGCCAAGGCAGAAUGAGGCUUACAACAGAGAGGAGGAAAGGAAACGAAGGGUCUCCCAUGACCCCUUUGCACAGCAGAGAGCUCGGGAGAGUGUUUGGAGUGCAGGAGUAAAGGGUCCUUCCGAUCCCAGCACAACCAGUCAUGGAAAUGCAGCACACCAGCUGUCAGGGCCAGCCAGCCAAACACAAGUGCCGAUUUGGAACAAUGGAUUCUAUAAUCAGCAUGGGUUUGGAACUACAGGUACAAGAAUUUGGUAUCAGCCAAAUUCAAGUCAAAUGUAUAAUCCUUAUAAAACUCCGGUGCCCGAGACCAACGUACUGGGAAACACAUCCACCAUGCCAUACUUCUCCUUGCCACUAACAGAUGACUCCAUAAGAUGUACUAUAUUCAAUAGUUCUGGUAUUCAGAUUGGAAACUACAAUUAUAUGGAUCUUGGACUGAGUUCACAACCACCAUACAACCCUUGCAAAGAAGAGUCAGCUUCCAGGCACCAAGCCAUCUUCGAUAAUGCCACUAGUCUGACUGAUAAACACCUGAACCCUAUCAGGGAAAACCUAGGAAAGCAGUGGAAAAACUGUGCCCGCAAGCUGGGCUUUACUGAGUCUCAGAUCGAUGAAAUUGACCAUGACUAUGAAAGAGAUGGACUGAAAGAGAAAGUUUACCAAAUGCUUCAGAAGUGGCUGAUGCGGGAAGGCACCAAGGGGGCCACAGUGGGGAAGUUGGCCCAGGCACUUGACCAGUGUCGCAGGAUAGACCUGCUGAACCACUUGAUUCAUGCCAGCCAGAGCUAAGCCUGGGCAGGCUCUGGCAGUGGGAACAAAACUGUUCAUCUGGUGCACAAACCCCUUUUGCCCCCCAGCCUCCAGAACUCUCUCAGUGUGAGCUCUGCAUCUAAGCACGCAGUGCCGUGCAUUUUGGAACUGGUGAAUGGGAAGGGAAAUCUGAAGCCCACAAUGACUCUUCAGAACGUACAAGCAUGAAGGCUGCUGAAUCGUCCAGGACUAGUAGGAGGAAAAAAAGAAAAAGAACAGCCUGUUGGGUUUUGAAAGGGAGAGCAAAUGUUGGGGGGAAGAUGGCCUUCGUUCAGCUUGUGUCAUAGUCUUCAUUUAGGUUAUUUGCUCAGUUUCCUGUGGUUUCUUUGGGCAAGGGGAAAACAAACAAAAAAAACAUUCAAAGAAUGUAAAAUCAGCUAGCUUACUGCUUCAUGUACUUCAAGUGCAGCAAACUUCUGCUCAAAUGCCUUCUAUGAGCCACGGCUCUUCUAAAAAUUAUAGGAUCUGUCAACUUUAGCAUCCAAUGCUGUACUGUCACUUUAAGCUUUAAGAAUCAUGUGCAAUUCUAGUCUAUAAGAUUAUCAAUUAAUGAGGAAUUUUUAAGGAGUGCUAAGGAGAAAAAAGAGAGAGGGCAGAGAGAGAUUUUCAGGUACUGAUUGUUAUCACAGAACUUCUGCUGAUUGCAACUACUGUAAAAACCUACUAUAAGUUUCUAAAGUUUCUCCUGCCAUUCUGGUGCUUCAUGCAGUUUCCUCGCCUGCAUACCCCACAGAGGGAACAGAUGUGCAGGAAACACUGAUCAGGAAACACCAUCUCUUCCUCCCUGGACAUGACUGGCACCUGACACUGCUCACUGUGCUCAAUAAACUGUCUCCUCUGUUUACUCCA